AACUCGCUUGUCGAUGGAUUCCGUAGAUAUUCAACCAUGGCGGAAAGCUGGGAAUCGUUCGCAAAUACUAGAUUCUACAGCCUUUAAAAUCGCUCUAAGAUCACUUCACGAAGUAAGCAAAGCAAAAUCAUCACUCUAGACACUGUGUUACAUGCUAGACAGCCGGCUCACAGUGCUAUAGUCGCUUACUUGGUGUAAACAGAUGUAAGAUUGGGACAAGUUAUUACACCGGCACAUUGACUGCUCAAGUUUACAACAAGCGAUUCUACCAGAUUUCCUCCAUAUAAUAUCCCUUGGCACUGACACGAUGGCUUCACAUGCAGCAAGGAGAGGCAGGCUAGCCAGGACGGCAUCGUCUGCCUCUGAAGACCAGGCACUUAAUCAGAUCGCUUGUGAGGCUGAGGCUAGACUAGCAUCUAAACGUGCAGCCAGAGCAGAAGCCCGGACCAUACGCAUGAAAGAACUAGAGAGGCAACAGAAAGAGGCCGAAGAUGAGCUUGAUAAACAAUUUCAAGUGGAUGACAGCUCUGGCAAGAAGAAGGUACCAAUUGGUCGUUCCAUCUCCUCUGGAGCAAGUCCCAGCAUCCCUAAAGAUGACCAGAAAUGCCCAGAGGCCAAUGGUCCAAUGGUGCCAGAAAAAGCACUUCGAUCCGUCCAGGAGUCACUACAUGAUCUGGAAGAAAAAUAUAGAAAAAACAUGGUCUCCAUAGCCCAACUUGACAAUGAAAAGCAGGCGUUGCUUUACCAAGUGGAUUGCCUUAAAGACAGGUUGAGUGAAGAAGAGGAAAUAUCAUGUGAAGUAAAAGUUGAGUUGAAGGAUAAAACAAGGGAAGCAGAGAAAUACCAGAGACAGAUAAAAGACAAUGAAUCUGAAAUACAGAGAUUAAAAGAUGCAAUAGAAUACAGAGAUAACUGGCUUGCUGAGCGUGGCCUGAAUUUGUAUGAAGAUAAUUCAGAAAGCAACAAAGAUGAAAUUAAUGUUUUUGAGUCACUGAGGGAAGGCUCUACAAUAGAUGAAUCUGGAUCAGAAAAAAGUAGUUUUUCUGAAAGUCGUAGCAGGUCUGACAGUCAACGCUCAAGUAGCAUGCAACCAUCUGUGACCGAUGAUAGAGAGGUGCUUGUUGCACAGAUUAAAAAGCUCCAAGAAGAAGUCAGCAGUCUGAGAAGAGAAGACUUUGAAAUGCCAAAGACGAUCACUGCUGACCUUGAGGAACUAAGAAGAGAAUUCAGUCGACAAAUUAAUGACUUUAGAAUAAAACUUCAAAAGGCCGAACAGGAGAAUGCUCGACAAGAAGGCGUGAUAAUGAGGCUUGAGAGCCAAGUGAAGCGCUAUAAGACGCAAGCAGAGACCGCGGAGUCUACCGAGGAUACUUUGAAGUCGGAAAAGCGAAAACUUCAGCGUGAGCUUCGCAAAGCACAAGAUGAAGUCAACGAGCUCCAGACGGUGAACGAUCACAUGACGAAACGUUUCGAGAAGCUGAAGAACAAAAGAAAAGACGAGUUGUAACUGCACAGUCAGCUUCUUCCCCUGGGUUAGCACCAAGAGGGCGAAGUCCCGUGUGCCAUCGACCCAAGCGUUUGGUGCAGACCGCUAGAAUACCUGGGAAUCUACUGGACGUUUGGUGUGGGGUGUGAUCUCCCGGGAUAUCCGGGGUGCUACGUCCUUAGGACUUCCAUCGUGACGCCAAGAAUAGAUGUAGGCUGUACAUACGAUAACUAAUGACCUUACUUGCUAUGAAGUUAUACCAUAUUCCCCAUAACAAAUUGUGGGUUCAGAUAAGUGCGUUACAUGUUCCUAGCGCCAAAAUAAGUUUGAUACGUCUUAUAACUACCCCAAGCGCGGUACCUUGCGCUUGAGAUAAUCGUACUUGUGUGAUAUAAGUGUAUUUCUACUUACUAGUACCCCUAGUGCUUGAGAUAAGUGUGCUAGGAGUGCUACAUAUUAAAGGAAUGUGCGGUACGUAGGUUACGCUUACUACCCUUUCUAGUAAUGCUCCGUCACGUAAAUAGCGUCAUGUUUGAGUUCUGCGAUGAUGACGGAAAGAGUCUUGCUUUUGGUGUGCGAAACAAGGUGGUACUCCUCUCAGUCACAAUGCGUGGGCUAGAGGGCUACUGAAACACUCUUAUGGUCAAGUGAUCCCAUAGCCUCGUCCCCAGGUUACUCCGCCAGCUGUACUCACACUCAUUCGAAAUGGCGGACGCUCGAAACCAAAGUUAGGGUGAGGAUGUUGUCAGGGUUAGAGGGAUUUGGGGACAAGGCUAUUUGGUCCAAGGGGGUAGCCGUGCAAAUUCUACAAUAAAAGUAAUCGAAGACUUGUACAACUUGGUGUCAUUAAGGAAAGUCACCAGUACUGUACUCUGCUGUAUAAGCCAUUACAGUAUGCCCAUACUAUACUGUAUAACGUAUCCUUGCUAGGUUUCCAAUAAAGCGAUACCUUUGGCUAGCACCCAUGUACAGUAACAAUAGAUUUUUGUAAUUCGGUAUGGUAAAUUUUAAAUAGGAAAACACGAAAUAAACCUCAUACUAAUAAUGGCAA